AUGGGCCUCCUCAGUAUGCCAAACGAGCUCCUGGUCAGGUCUCUGACCCUUUUAUCCUACGCAGACCUUGCUCGCUGUGCUAUGUACGCGUUCCUGCUGGGUCUCACUGGCAUGCAGGACGGCGUGGGCGCGGAGGGUGUUGCCGCCCGUCUCGCGAAGCUGCGGCAGUACCAGAAGGCGCGCAGCAAGCCGCUUGAGAACGCGACCGCUACCAUUCAGCCCUUGCCUGAAGAGUGUAUAGAGGAGAGCAGCGGCAACAUUGUCGCGUAUGUGGACUGCGCCGAAGACGCUGAUGAUACUGUCAUACACCUGGUGCAGCUACCGUCUCCCUUGCGGGGUGUGGAGUCCAGACGGUGGACGAUCUUCUGCUCUGACUCCGUCACCGCUUUCUCCGUGGAGUCGAGCAUGGACCUGCUCGUGGUGGUGAUCGAGCGCGCCGGCGAGCCCCAUCCACGCGCCCAGAAGCCGAGUUGGACGUGCGAGCUUCCGGACGCCUAUGCUCCCAACGUAUCUAUACUCAUCAUCGAGGACAAGCUCGCGAUGGACUUUGUUCAUGGGACUACUACGGCAUCAAGCUCCUUCAGGCUAUGGAACUGGGAAACCGGCGAGCAAUACUCGCUUCCUGCAAUCGCGCGUGAAGGCGCAUGCUGCUUCUUAGAUUCGCAGCACAUUGCAGUCCUCGCGGAGCCGGCGAACGAUCCUUCAUGCAAGAAGACGAGGACGGCGGCGUUUGACAUUCUGCGUCUGAAGUCCCCAUCCGACGUUAGACGCGUUGUCCGCCUGUGCCUUCCCCGAUACAAGAAGUGGAGUCGCCCUGGGCUCUUGGAGUGGGUGAGCGACCAGCGGCCGGCCUCGUGCGAUUACAAUCGUACGCGGAACGCCCUCAGCGCUGGAUGCUUUGCGGCAGGGCCUUGCGCUCGCAUUGUUGGACUGCGGGUCCCGUCGCACGACUGCUUCGAGGAGACGCCCUUGUUCAUCAUGUCCGUGACCAAGCUACUGCGUCUAACCGUGGGCUGGGAAGACUGGGGACCGCGCACGACGCGUUUGUUCCUCCACCACGAGAGCACGUAUAUGAGCAUUCGUGUAACGCGCUACGUGCUACAGCGCACGCCACUGGCACAUCGCCCAGGCUUCUUCGUCUUCGACUUUGGGUGCGACAAGUUCAGGGCCGAGCAGGGCGACGAGCAGUUCGAACGCAGUGGCGCACGCGUGACCGCAUCCACUCGCGACACGUCCAAGUACUUCGACGGGCCUAUAACAACUCACUUGCCUUAUCAUUCUUUGGUGCAUCAUCUGGACGAAGAUACAUGGAACCGGUGUGACUUGACAACGGUCAGGGAGAUCGACGAUGGGGUGAUUGUAGGCCAGUUGGACCACGAAGAGAUGGAUGCGGCCUGCACGUCUACAUUGUUAUGGGGCUGGUUGUCUAGAACAAUGAGCACGACAUUGGUUGAUUCUGAAGUGCUAUGCUGCUCCUUGCCAACGGAGCUGCUUGUCCAGUCACUGAAGCUGCUACCCCAUGACGAUCUUGCGCGUCUGAUGAUGGUCUGCACGGGUCUGCGAGACGUCAUCAGAGAGACCGCGUCUCUUCAGUACGCCUUCCUGCUCGGUCUCAAUGGCAUGCAAGACGGCGCGGGCGCGAUGGACACGGCUACACGCCUCGCAAGGCUCAGGCAGUACGAAACGGACAUGCGACAGCUCCGCUUUUCCGCCACUAUCAUACCCAUCCCUGCCCGCGAUCCGAUAUAUAAGGUCGCCGGGGACACCAUCGCGUACAUGACGGACGAUGAAGGCACCAAGCGACUGGAUUUUGUUCGAACGCCGUCACAUUUGCGGGGCGUGGGCGAUACCAUUAAGUGGAGGGUCGAUUGCCCUGUUGGUAUCCGGGAGUUCUUCAUAGAGCCCAGCCAGAAUCUUCUUGUGGUGUUGCGGAUACACUCGUUAUGGAAUUGGCAGACGGGCGAGGCGUAUGCGUACCGGACGGCCGCGAAGGACAAGUUCAUGCGUUGGGUGUGGGAUGGUGUCCCCGCAUCUCGCGACCAUGAGUGCACGGACCGGAACUCUUCGACUUCUGGAUGCUUUGCGUCGAGGCCUCAUUCCCGCCCUCUCGGACUACAAAUCUCGUCAGGUCGCUCGACAACACCUUUUGUCGGGGUCUUGAGCAUUGAUGAUGGCGUGGUUUUGGUCCAGAUUCUCCAUUACCUAGAUGCUGUGGAUAUCGCCCGCUGCAGAGCUGUAUGCCGCGUGCUAUGCGGGGCUAUCGACGGUACGCCAACUCUGUGGUACAAACAGAAGCUGGGAAUGCAUAACAUGGUCAACGGAGGAGAUCAGCACGAAACCCUUCUGGCAGACCGAGUACAACGUGCGGAGCGCUAUGUCAAGGCCUGGCGCUCGCUCGAGUGGUCCACGGAGACUCGCAUCCCCUUCGGCGGGAACUUGUGGGAAAUUGCGGGGGGCGUCGUCGCGUGUACGACCAGCGCGGGAAGCGGGGAGAUCAGCUUUACGCAGCUGCCGUCUCCGCUGCGUGAUAUAGAGCGCAAGACGUGGAGGCUGACUUUGAGGCAUGUCCCGCGCGAUUUUACCAUUGAUCCGAGCCAGGAUCUGCUCGUCUCGAUACACUCUGAAAGACAAAAUGAGUACGACGUUCACUUGCUUUCGAUGUCGACCGGGGAGCAGCAUCCGGCCGCCCAGAUAUCGCCCCUGGUCUACAAGACCAAUCGUACGCCUGUUCAGUAUGAGCUCCUUGUCUAUGAAGAUAGGCUUGGGAUACUCUUUGUCUCCAAUGACGAGGCGGCACGCUUCAACGUCUGGGAUUGGAAAACGGGACAGGAGUACAGGCCUCCUUUCCAGGACGCUUUCAUCACGUCUGCAUGUUUUCUCGACGCCAACACGGUCAUGGCGACCGCGUACACCCACCAAAUCACUGCGCCGAACAACGUCUUCCUGAAGGUCGUUGACAUCACGACUCCCGACGCGCCUAUGCCUAUCUCCCACCUGCAAUUCCCUAUCAUGCAUCCCAACACGGACGCGAUGGCGGACCUGAUCUGGGACUCGCCGCCAACCUGGGAGGGCGGCGUGCCACCCAUAGGCUGCUUCGCGCACACCCGCACACGCCUCAUCGGCAUCGCCAUGAGUGCGUGGGUAAUGACAGUAGACCUCGCCGCCGGCCCCGCCGCGCGGCGCGUCCCUCUGAUGUUCAUACUAUCCAUCUCCGAGAUCCUGGCGCGCCUCCCGCGACGGGAGACCGCCUCGUUCCCCGUCUCCGUCUCCUGGGAGGACUGGGGCACACACGCGGCGCACAUCUUCGACCGCGAGACCUCGCAGGUGUGGGUGUGCUAUGUCCGCGGCCCGCGCUACGCGCUGCUGGACGAGCUUCCGCUGGACGCGCCCCCGUCGGCGUAUACGGUCUACGACUUCAGCCCGGGCCCGACGAGGGCGGAGACGGCCGAGCUGAAGGGAUCGUUUUAUGAGGACCGGGACGUCUUCGUCGACCCGGUGAAAGCCUGCUUGCCGUGUCGCAAGAUUCAGGGACGGAUACCGCUGAGGCCGAACAUGCCCGAGUUCAUGUCUGUUAUGCUAGCCGACGAUGGAGUAGUGUUUGUCUCAGAUUCGGGCGAGGAGUUUUGGGCGUGGACGUCUUGA